ACUUAGGCCACUGCACAUGCUUAUUUCCUUCAAAAACUCAUUCACUCUUCACCUUCUCUUCUCACACUUGAAUUCAUUCAUUCAUUCAUUCACUUUCAUUCUCUUCUCUCUCCAAUUAAACAACAAUAAUGGCUAACCUAGGCCCCGCCAACACGGCCGGCACCGCCGUGACGCCGACGCCUUUGCUGAAGGACGAGCUUGACAUUGUGAUCCCAACAAUAAGAAACCUGGAUUUUUUGGAGAUGUGGAGGCCGUUUUUCCAGCCAUAUCAUCUCAUCAUUGUUCAGGAUGGUGAUCCAACCAAGACCAUCAAGGUUCCUCCGGGCUUCGAUUACGAGCUGUAUAACCGAAACGACAUUAACAAGAUUCUUGGACCCAGGGCCUCUUGUAUCUCCUUCAAGGACUCCGCUUGCCGCUGCUUCGGUUACAUGGUUUCCAAGAAGAAGUACAUCUAUACCAUUGAUGAUGAUUGUUUCGUUGCAAAUGAUCCAUCUGGAAAGGCGAUCAACGCACUUGAGCAGCACAUAAAGAACCUUCUGUGUCCAUCAACACCUUUCUUCUUCAACACGCUCUAUGAGCCUUACAGAGAAGGUGCAGAUUUCGUGCGCGGCUACCCUUUCAGUCUUCGCGAAGGUGUACCCACUGCUGUCUCUCAUGGUCUCUGGCUCAACAUCCCGGAUUAUGACGCUCCUACACAGCUUGUCAAGCCUCUCGAGAGGAACACCAGGUAUGUUGAUGCUAUUUUGACGAUUCCGAAAGGAACAUUGUUCCCAAUGUGCGGAAUGAACUUGGCCUUCGACCGCGAUCUCAUUGGACCGGCAAUGUACUUCGGCCUGAUGGGUGAUGGCCAGCCCAUCGGACGCUACGACGACAUGUGGGCUGGCUGGUGCUGCAAGGUGAUCACGGACCACUUGGGGCUGGGAAUCAAGACUGGACUUCCGUACAUCUACCACAGCAAGGCAAGCAACCCAUUUGUGAAUCUGAGGAAAGAGUACAAAGGAAUAUUCUGGCAGGAAGAUAUCAUCCCAUUCUUCCAGAACGUUGUUCUCCCAAAAGAAUGCACAACUGUUCAGAAAUGCUACAUUGAACUCUCCAAGCAAGUCAAAGAGAAGCUCUCAAAGGUUGACCCUUACUUUGACAAGCUUGCAGAUGCAAUGGUUACAUGGAUUGAAGCUUGGGAUGAACUUAACCCUCAAAAGCCAACCACUGCCAAAGCAUAGAAAAUUAAUCAUUUAAUAAUAACUACUUUGCCAAACAGAGCCACCCACACUAUACGUUAAUUAAAACUUUAGUCCUUUUUCUUAAAUAAAGUAUUUACUCUCUUCAUCACUUAGAAUUUGCGGCAUUGCAGCCUGCAAUUUACUUUUUUUCGUAACUUCUUGCUUUGAGAUUAGAAGCAAUAAAGUACAAUGGUCUAGGGAGCUGUUUUUUUUUUUGUUAUUUUUCUUGUUGUACCUUUUGCUUAAUGAGUAGUUCGGGAAGGGCCCUUAUAUAUGUGGCAGCACCGAGUUCCAUGUGAGGCAAGUUCAUCGGAAGAAAAUUAAUGUAUUGUUCAUUUUUAUUACCGAGUAAGAAUCAAUAGUAAUUGAAAUUAACAGUUGUGUUCA